CUACAUGAAUGACGCAUCUGCAGACACAAACGAUCUUUUCUCGUGACGCAUAUUUCGCGCGAAACUCGGUUUGGAAAGCUGGAAAGUGAAAGUGGACGAGUUAGCGAUGAGUAAAAAAGACAACGGUGCGUCUCUCAUCCUUGCCUAUUUGAAUGAGAAGAACCGGCCGUACAGUGUCCAGGAUGUCUUCUGUAAUCUACAAAAGCAGCAUGGAUUUGGCAAAACUGCCGUGGUCAAAGCCAUGGAGCUACUGGCUCUCGAGGGCAAGAUAAAGGAGAAGACGUACGGCAAGCAAAAGAUUUAUUUUGCCGAUCAGGCUCAGUUCAAAGAUGUAAGCGAAGCGGACCUGAAGGCGAUGGACUCGCAGAUCUCAGAGCUCGCUGCCGAGGCUCAGUCCGUCACACAGAGCUGCAAACAGUUAGAUGCAGAGCUGAAGGAGCUCAACAGCUCCUUGACAACCGAGGAAAUGACGUCAGAGAUCCAGGAGCUGAAAGCGGAGUGUUCCGGGUACAGAACGCGCUUGGAGAAGAUAAAGUCGGCCACAAAUCACGUCACACCUGAAGAGAAGGAGAAGGUUUACAAAGAGCGGACGGUUUACGUGAAAGAGUGGAAAAAGAGGAAGCGACUGGCUUCAGACAUGAUGAAUUCCAUCUUGGAGGGAUAUCCCAAGAGCAAAAAGGAAUUCCUGGAUGAAGUCGGAGUAGAGACGGACGAGGACUGUAAGGUGGUUGUUCCAAGUACCUAAGGAACAAGGAAGCGCUUGUUCGCCUACUCGCUCCCGAGCCUCAGCACAUUGUUUUAUCUAUAAUUUCUUUUGAACAAGUAAUGAGUGGAACAACAGCUUUUUUUAAUUUAUAGUAUAUUUAUACGCCAUGUUGAAAUGAAAAUAUUUUUUAUUAUGGCUUUCGGAGGUUUAUAUUCUUUGUUGUUCUGAUUACGUGUUUUGAAAACUAAAAAAAAAGAGAAAGUAAUAAAGUAUGGACAGUUUUUCAUGACUUAAA